CCCCCCCCCUUUGCUUUCCCCCCCUUUCGCCCGACCCGAGCCUCAUUCUGAGAAGAUUUCCUGCCGCUGCCCGUCCUUCUCGCACGCGCUGAUCGGGGUGCUUGAGCAGAGAAUGAUGGGCGCCAGCUUCACUCCCACCGUCUCUCGGAACGGCCCCGGCGCCAUCUGCCACCCACUGCCCCUGCCAAUCCUUCUUGCACGCGCUGAUCGGGGCGCUAUGGCAGAUGAUGGUGGACUCCACCUUCACAGCCAGCAUCUCGCUGCGCACGUUCGUCUCGCACGCGCUGAAAGAGGUGCCGUUGCGAAUCCCAUCACUUCGCAAAGCAGCGCCAGGGAUGGCUGCGACUACCCCUGCCUGUCUUUCUUGCGAGCGCUGAUCGGGGCGUUGGAACAGAUGAUGGUGGGCCCCAAUUUCAAGCCCAGCGUCUACUGAGCCCGCUGGCGGCGAUCCAGAGGCCGACGCGACGCCGGCCAGCAUGUCGUCCGCCGCCGCCAGGGAGCCAGCAGCGGCAGCGGCAGCGGCAGCCGCGGCGACGGCAGUAGCAGCGGCCCUGCGAUGCCAGCCGCGGCGGCCGCGGGGGCGGCGGCGGCGGCGGCGGCGGCGGUCGAGGCGGGUCCAGCACCAGCACUAGCAGCGCGCAGGCGGGCAGCAGCCGCGGCGCUCAGCUGCACGCCUCCGCCGUCCGCGGCCAGGCCCCAGGGGCACGGGCACCGGCCGCCGGCGCAGCACCCCUUGUGCGCGCCGCCAAGUGGUCCAGACCUCCGGGGGCCCGCGCAGGGGCAGAGCGCCAGGUCCCCGGCCUGGGCUUCCGGGGGGGCGCGCCUCGGCUCCCGUGGCCUUCAACUACCCAUCGG